AUGGUCAUCAAGUCCUCCGUUGCCGUCUCCCUCUCGGCCCUGGCUGCCGUGGCCGCAGCUCGCGAUGUUCCCGCCAACGUCAAGAGCUUCUACAACAGCAUCCGAGGCCAGGGACAAUGCCGCAACGUUCUCGCCGGGGGCUUCCAUAGCAUAGACGGAGAUUCAGGAAAGAGCCCUGACAUGAAGCCCAUAGACUUUGACUACUGCGGCGACCACAUCAGCGAUUACAACGUCAUCUACCUGCAGGGCAAAAACGGCCAGCUGGUCAACAUGGACAUUGACUGCGACGGCAUCCAGCACGGCCCAGCCGACGACGGUCGCUGCGGCUCCUCGGGCGACACCCAGUCCGUCACGUCCUUUGCCGACACCCUACGCGGCUACGGCACCGGCCAGCGCGAUCUCGACGCCAAUGCCCAUCCGUACGUCGUCUUUGGCAACACGGGCAGCAGGAAGGGCUUUGCAAACUUUGACCCGAGGAAGUACGGCGUCGAGCCGCUGAGCGUCAUGGCCGUCGUGUGCAACAACAAGCUGCGAGUGCCGAUUACUAAAAGAAAACCCUCCGUCUCGCAGAUCUACGGCGUCUGGGGCGACGAGAACGGCGACGACGGCUCCGAGUCCAUGGUCGGCGAAGCCUCCAUCUCCCUUGCCACGGCGUGCUUUGGCCGCGGCAUCAACGGCAACUCGGGCCACGACGACAACGACGUCUUGUACAUUGCCUUCCCGGGCAAGGACGCCGUCCCCGGGGCCAAGGGCGCCAAAUGGAAUGCCCAGAACUACGACGAGUUUGAGAACAGCAUCACCGGCUUGGGGAAUAAGCUGAUUCAGAGAAUCGGCGGCGGCGGCGGGGCGGCGGCGGCGGCGGGAACCAGCCUCCUCCUACUGGAUCUUGCUCCUGGGAGGGACACUGUGAAGGCGCUCCCUGCAAGUCUGAAAACGACUGCUCCGACGAGUUGGUCUGCAACGCUGGGAAAUGCAGCAGCGCGGGUGGUUCGACUCCUCCUCCGCCGCCGCCGUGUAGCUGGGAAGGGCACUGCCAGGGUACGCGUCGUUGCGCAUUCUCGCCCCCAAAGUCCAUUGUUCACGCUGUAG